AUUAUCAAUAAAAAAAAAGUGCUAACGAAAGAAAGCACUAAACUGAAUCCAAUACAUGAGUUUGAUCCUGGCUCAGAAUGAACGCUAGCGAUAUGCUUAACACAUGCAAGUCAAACGUUGUAACAAAAAAGUUCACAAAGUGGCGAACGGGUGCGCAACGCGUGGGAAUCUGCCAAGUAGUAGAGGAAAUUACAAUCUAAAUCCUCUAUAUAAGUAGCUUUUCAAGCCUUAGAAAGCUAGAAUGCGCUAUUUGAUGAGCCCGCGUAGUAUUACGGUAGUUGGGGGGGUAAAAGCCCACCAAGCCUAUGAUGCUUAGCUGGUCUUUUCGGAUGAUCAGCCACACUGGGACUGAGACACGGCCCAGACUCCUACGGGAGGCAGCAGUGGGGAAUCUUGGGCAAUGGGCGAAAGCCUGACCCAGCAAUAUCGCGUGAGUGAAGAAGGCAGAUAGCUUGUAAAGCUCUGUCAUCGAGUUUGAGAUAAUGACAAGACUCGAAGAGGAAGCCCCGGCUAAUUAACAAUUGGCCCUUAUAGCGCGCAAGCGUUAUUCGAAGAACUUGGCUCAUAACGGUGGAAGUCUUUGGGAUUUGUUACGCUUGCUUAUAGUAACUCAAAGGUAAUACCGUGGGAAGUCUUUCUAAACAAGAAAAAAAAGUAUAAUGAUUCAGCUGAAAUAGGUAGUAGAAUUGAAAGCUGGAAAUCAUCAUCUAAUAUUAAUAUCCCAUAGUAUGGUUUAUGUAUUCCUGCACGAAACUUUGGGUCUUUGCGAGAGGCCAUUUAUGAUAUUGUAAAAAAGGAAGUACCUACCAUGUUCUAUAAAAAAGAAAGACCCCGUAACGACUGAGGAAAUGGCAUCUGCUUGCAGAUUCCAAAGUACAAGAUAGCAAAACUUGCUAUAAGACGCCGAGGCUCUUGCUGCCAAGCAAGAGUAUGGUAUAGUCUAUGCUUUGGUGUGAACCAAAGAAAUACAUGAACUACGUGCCAGCAGCAGCGGUAUUUCAAAAACGUUUUGCCGCCUGGAAUAGUGAUGUUCCAGAAAAAUCCGGCUCAUAACGGCGAAAGUCUUUAUUCCUUAGCGGAAUAAAGGUAAUGCCGUGGGAAGUUCUUUGCUGAGAAGCAAAAACCCCGUAACGACUGACUCGAAAGAGGAGAGCUAAAUAGCUAAUACGCCGGCGCUUACAAAAAAAGGAAAGCAAAUAUGAGAACUAAAAUAGAGAAUUUUGAAUUUCAGAAAUUAAGGAAGAAGAUAGGCUGCGCAGCAGUUGACAGUGCAUAUUCUUCUAUGGUAAGGCAAGCUGCUGCAUCGCAAUCGAGCGAGGUAGCAAAUCAAAUAGAGACACCCGAAAAAUAGAAAACUUGGGCCCCUUUUGUUUAAGUUUGGAGUACCUAGUUGGUUUUUUUGAAACAGACGGAUCUUUCCAAAUACUGUUUAAGAAAGAUCCAACAAUGCCUAUAGGUUAUAGAGUUCACCCAGUAGCUAUCUUUAGUCAACGAGAAAGAGCUAUCUUAGAAGGAGUUAAAAGAAGACUUGAGCACCAUCAAAUAAGAUGUCAAAUGAAGGAUGGUAGUAGCAAAUCAGUAGGGGAUGCAAGUUUAAUAACUUCGGGAAGAGCUUCUAAUCUUAUAAUAUCGGGUAUCAAGGAAGUGCGUAAGUUUUUGGAUUUAUUUAAUAAAGCCGAGGCGGUUAUGCAUGGAAUUAAAUGGGUGGAUUUGCAUAUAAUGAGAGCAGUCUUAUCUAUUAUAGAAGAAAAUAGGCAUAAUAGUCUUGAAGGUCGACUUGAAAUAAUUGAUCUAAAAUUUCACAUGCAUGUAGAUUCUGAAGAAGAGGCGGCAAAGCGAGUAGGAGGUCUUAGUAGAGUAAGCUGGGAAAAAAAGACACAAGAGUGUGCCUGGUUCAUCUUAUAAAAAAGCGAUUUCAACGAGUUGGCUUAUAUAUGAUAAUUAUAAGUGGCACAAACUUUGUUGGAUGGAUCAGAAGGCUGUAAGCCAGUAAAUGAAAACCAAUUAACUAAUGAUCGGGGACUUCUUCAAGUGGCCUUCGACAAGAAGUUCGAUAUAGAGCUACCGAAAUUCAAACAAAUAUCGGGAGAUUAUAUAUCGGGGCAACUAGAGGGCGACGGUUGCUUAACUUAUCAUGUGAGAGUCAAUAAAAGAAGUGUAAGCUUUGAGGCUAGUUUGCGUAAACCAGUGGAAAAGGGAGGCUCCCUAAUAUUAGAAGUCAUAGCUUCUUAUUUUGGGGAUAGAACGAAAUUCCACUUGAAGAGUUCUCGGUCAAAGGGGGCGCUUGUGUGUAUUGGUCAAGUAAUAAAGAAGUCUUAAAACGAUUAUUGGUUCAUGCAGAAGCUUACCCUAUACUAGGGAAAAAAAAAACAGAUCGAAGCGGCCUUAUUUAGAAUUGCAUUCCAAAGACUCGAGAAAUUGGGAAUAUAGCGAAAUAAUAGAAUUAAUAAAAUUAAUUUAUAGAAAUUCUCCUAGUCGAAGAGUACGGAAAAAGCCACUUUCGAUCUUAAUAUCUGAAGUUGAAAAAAUAUAUUCGUCUCGAAGUAAAUAAGUCUCUAAGUUUGCUAGUAAGUAGAAAGCAUAGUCUAAUCCGAUAAGUAAUUAUUGGUAUAUAAAAGAAAACGUGGGGGGCGAGUGUUAUUCGGAAUGACUAGGCGUAAAGGGCAUGUAGGCGGUCAAUCAGGCUGAAAGUGAAAGCCACCAGCUUAACUGGUGAAUUACUUUCAACACCAAUUGACUUGAGUAAGAUAGAGGAAGGUGGAAUUUCGUGUGUAGAGAUAAAAUUCACAGAUAUACGAAGGAAGGCCAAAAGCGAAGGCAACUUUCUGGGUCUUUACUGACGCUGAGGUGCGAAAGCAUGGGGAGCAAACAGGAUUAGAUAGAUCCGGCCAUGCUCUAAAAAAAAUGGCCAAAGGUGUCCCCUUGCUCCGUGAGGAGUGAGUGUGAAUCUAGCUAUUUCGGGGAAAGCCAAAGCAGUGGUAACCCCGAGGGAAGUACUUAUUGUCUCAAUUGGAUAAUAGAGUACCCCGUAGAGACUAUGAAAGAAAGAAGAUAGAAGAUAUGUCACCACGAACUACAAAAAAUGCAAGUUUUAUUCAUCAUGCUUUAUUACGUCAACGGCCCGGCUUAAAGUUUUCAGGGGGCCUGCGCAGGGCGCUUUCUUCCGAAAGUCUUUGGGUGUGAUGAAAAAACAGGUAAAACUUUUUGACCAAAUAUCUUUGUCGGAUCAUUGUAAAUCUAUUAUUUGUGGAACACUAUUGGGGGAUGGGUGUCUACAGAUAGCUAAAGGCUAUAAAAAUGCAAGACUAUCCAUUCGUCACAGCCAAGUUCAAAGGGAAUAUUUUGAUUGGAAAAUUGCCAAUUUAAAAGAAAUCGCUUCACCAAAAUCUGUCCAAAUAUCUAAAGCUAGUGGUUAUAGUAAGAAUACAAAAUUCUUAUUUCAAAGUGCGAGUCUACCCGAACUUACGUUGAUGUAUAAUCUUACGUACAAAAAAAAACGGCUUUGUAUUCGUCGUCGUUGGCUUAAUAAGCUUACUCCGCUAUCUUUUGGCUAUCUGGUGGUGCGAUGAUGGGUCAAUUAUAGGAAAUCCACCUCGUAGAGGCGUGUUAUGCACAGAUGGUUUUGACGAAAAGUCAGUUCGAAUGCUUGCGCGUUAUUUAGAAAAGUGUGGGCGCUAAAAGCACAUGUAGGCGCAAUUCGUCGAGACCGCAAAUAUGGU